UAUUCAUUUCCCACUUCUCAAUCUUCUUGCUAUAUUCACGUAACUCCAUCUAUAAAUAGACAUGCAUCUCAAGGGCUCAUACACAUCCCCAAAUUAAAACCACUCUAAUUUAGAAAUUAAAUCUUGGGUUAUUCAAAUUAAUUACCAAUAGUAUGGCAAAGUUGAAGCCGUGUGCUCUUCUUGCUUUGCUCCUUAUAUCGACACUCGCAACGGUCUCCCAAAGCCGAGUCGCGAGGAAAAAUCUCGGCUUGGACUUGGGGGGCAUAGGCGGCGGGGGCUUGGGAGUUGGCCUCGGAGUUGGGGUCGGCAUUGGUUUGGGAGGCGGUGGUAGUGGCUCCGGAGCCGGGGCUGGCUCCGGUGGGGGUGGAAGCUCUAGCUCGAGUUCGAGCUCGAGUUCAUCGAGCUCCAGCUCGAGUGGAGGUGGUGGUGGAGGUGCGGGCUCGGAAGCCGGCUCAUCUGCCGGGUCACGAGCUGGAUCGGGUUCAGGUGGUGCUGGUUCGGAAGCAGGCUCGUCUGCCGGGUCAAGGGCUGGAUCACGGGCCGGGUCGGGUGGCAACCAUGGAUAAGGGUUUUGCAUGAAUAAUUCCAUUGUUCGUUAAAAUUGGAGCAUAUAUGGAAAAAUUAGGUUAUAAUUAACCAUAAGAUGUGUGUGUGUGAAAAAGUAAAGUAAAAUAAUAAGCUAGUAAUGAUCGUGGUAUCAUACAUGGUUUGUGUUAAUGUUGUUGUUUUUAUAUUUUACUCGUGUUUAUUGGUGCUUGUUGUAAUAUGGUCAAAAUGGACUCCAAUAAUGUGUUACGUAUGAUUGUAAGAGAUGUAACCUUGAUUUUCAAUGUAUUAGUAAGUAUUAUUUUCUUUUGGUAA